AUUAACAAAAACACAUAAAGCUGGAAGAAGAGAAAGAGAAAUUCCUUCUUUCCUGCAGAAGAAAAGAGAAGAGAGAAUCUAUCGAACAUAAACCUCCGAUAGAUUUUGCUGUGUAGACCCUUUUCGUUGAAUCUUCUUCAAUUGUUGAAGAAAGAUGAUUGUAGCUAACAGCUUCGAUCUUUGGCAAAAGGAUGUCUUUUUGUCAGCAGCAGAGGAGGUUCAAGAAUCUGCCGAUACAAUGGAAUCUGCGUAUAGGCUGUGGAUUAAAGAGAAGAGACAAGGUCGAGUAACCGUGGAAUCAGACCAGCUCUGCAUUGAACUUCAAGCAGCUUUGAGCACUGCCAAAUGGCAGCUGGAAGAGUUUGAGAGGGCAGUGAGGUUAAGCCACGGACAUUGCCGAGACGACACCACAUUAACUCGGCAUAAACAGUUUGUCAACGCUAUUGAGAACCAGAUCUACCGAGUGCAGACCGCACUGCAAGAGGCUUUAACCGAGAACGGGAAACAACAUCCUCUGCGUUUGGUGGAUCUUAACAAAGAAGAGCGUGAUGACCUUGCCAUGUUUCUCUCUGGCUCUUCUCUUACCUCUGAGAGUAGCAUCAACUUCAGAGACUCCUCGACAAGCUCCUUAGGUGGGUUCAACAGCUGUGUGAUAGACAUUGACGAGGGAGGUAGCCCUGAGAGUGCUGAUGCUAUGAUCCGCGUGCAACAGGCUGAUAAAAGGUUUGGGACAAGGAGAACAUGGAGUUCGCCGAAUGUUCCUAAUGUUACUGCGUUGAGGGUUAAUGUUCCUGUUGAUGCGGAAGAAGAGGAGGAGAGGAAGAGGCUUGUGUUUGACAUUGAAGACACUCCUAAAGAGAAAGGAUCUAAACCUCUGUUUGGUUAUAACCUAAUCUUUGACAGAGUCAGAUAUCAUCAAAGGCGGUUUCGUGUUCCAUUUAGCAGACCGGUCCAGCUCAUUCUUUCCUUCACGCUAAUCUUGUUUCUUCUAUUGCUGUUUGGAGUUUAUUAGUCUUGAGAACUUAAACUGUGGGUUUGGAAACUCUCAAGAACAUUUGACAGGUUUUUAAAGAUUGUUGCGUAUUGGUAACACACCUAAGAUUCUACAUGAUUCAACAUCCCUCAAGAAAGAUGAGAGAUUGAAGGCUUUCUCAAGAACAAGCCUGCCUUCUUUUACUUUCUUUCAUCCUCAAGAAACAUAUAUAGGAACUUGUAACUUCGUAGGUCUAUUUGUAAAAAAAUUGUGUGAAAUCGAUACGGUUAAAGGUUGUUGAAGUUCACUAUGGUCCUUUGAAAAUUGGAUUUUUGAGUUGGUGUUAAAUAGCAACCAGUAUAAGAUUUUGAGAACUUA